AAGAGGGGGGGAAAGAGCAGGGACGGAGGAGAGAGCAGGGGAUGACUGCAUCAAAGGAAAAACAAAAAGAAUAACAAAACAAUCAUGACUCUUGUAAUUCAGCCUACGUUUUUUAUAAAUCAUAACGGUUGCUCUGUUUACCUACACUGUAUGCCGCAAUAAAUGACGAGUCGCCCCGGUAAGUGUAAACUGGCUUGAGAGAGAUGUCAUCUCCGGGCAUGGGCACCCCCAGUGACCCCCUUUUGGCCAGUCCAGGAGGGAGGUUAUCCACAGCUCAGGAAGGUAUCUGGAGGGGAUCACUUCCCAAAACUGCCAGCUUUCCCAUAUCCACCACUCGGCACCUCAGUCACCGAGCCAACAACUUCCAAAGACAGCCAAAGCGUCGGAAGCUGAUAAGACCUUCUCCACCUCCACCACCUAACACACCCUGUCCCCUGGACCACCUGGACCUCAGUGAAAUUCCCCCGAGACGAACCUUCCAAGAGCUACUCUUCAAUGGCUGCAUCUUGUUUGCUAUUGAAUUUAGCUAUGCCAUGGAAACAGCUUACGUGACUCCUGUGCUUCUUCAGAUGGGCCUGCCUGAUCAGUUCUACAGCUUGGUGUGGUCUAUUAGCCCCAUACUGGGAUUCCUCGUUCAGCCUCUCAUAGGAGCGUGGAGUGAUCGAUGUACAUCCCGGUUUGGGCGAAGGAGACCUUUCAUUUUUGCCUUGGCUAUAGGUGCUUUGGUUGGUUUAACGCUGGUGCUGAACGGGCGGGACAUUGGAGUUGUUCUGGCUGACACAGCUUCAAAUCACAAGUGGGGAAUUAUCCUGACAGUGUGUGGUGUGGUUCUGAUGGACUUCAGUGCUGAUUCAGCCGACAACCCGAGCCAUGCCUACAUGAUGGAUGUGUGCAGCCCAGAAGACCAGGAUCGGGGGUUGAACAUCCAUGCACUGCUGGCAGGACUAGGAGGUGGAUUUGGCUACAUAGUGGGUGGUAUCAACUGGGACCAGACACACUUUGGAAGAUCAAUGGGAGGUCAACUGCGGGUCAUAUAUCUGUUUACUAGUAUCACUUUGGUGAUUGCCACAGCCAUGACUCUGAUGAGUAUCCCUGAACGGCCUUUACCAAAGAGCCAGCCAAACAAAAACUCCAGCAAAAACCAUCUGAAGAGCCCCAGCCUUCCUCUUCCUCCCUCUCCCCCUGUUCACCCUGGAUCAGCUCUGGGACGGGAUGAAGAAGACGAGGAUGGUCUUUACAGCUACAAUUACUCGAAAUCUCACCCUGCUGGCCCUCUUGCCCAUUCUUGCAGCGGCCUCAGUCUUGCUAGCCCCAUAUCACCCCUGAGCCCCCUCACUCCAAAAUAUGGCAGCUUUAUAAGUAGGGACAGCUCGCUCACAGGCAUCAAUGAGUUUGCCUCCUCGUUAGGAACCUCCUAUAUAGACAGUGUGCUCAUAGACUGCUAUACAGGUCAGCAGAUGCCACAGGCCCUGCCCCCCAAUGCCACCGCUGCGCCCCUGCCUCCAGGGGGCUCCCCUCCUCCGGAGGAGUCUAUACAGGGGGCAGGGAGCAAUCCUGCAGGACAGACCCAGGCUGAUGUGGUGUCUUGUCCGGUCGGAGAAACUCAGGAUGUAGAAGCACCCCAGCCCGAAGGAGAUGCACAAUCUCAUGAGGCAUCUCAGGUCACAGCUGGAACUGGAGCUCAGCCUGCUGCAGGGUCACAUCGAGGCUCCACUGCUGGUAUCCUCAAGCGACCCCAGAGUCUCGCGCUGAUAGAGGAGCCCAUGGCAACACAGAUUGUUGGGCUGGAGAAUGGACGCAGGAGAACAGUGACCUUCAGCCAGCAGGUUGCAAACAUUUUGCUGAAUGGGGUGCGAUAUGAGAGUGAUCUGAGUGAGAACAUGGAGACAGGAGAAUCCCAAAUGUCAAUGAAGCUGCUGUGUAUAGCCAUCUACAGGAUGCCUCCCUCUCUGCGGAGUUUAUGCACUAAUCAUUUUUUAGGCUGGCUUUCCUUUGAAGGCAUGCUGCUCUUCUACACUGACUUCAUGGGGGAGGUUGUGUUCGAAGGAGACCCCAAAGCACCCCACGACUCCGAGGCUUACCAACGCUACAAUGCUGGUGUUAGCAUGGGCUGCUGGGGCAUGUGCAUCUAUGCAUUCAGUGCUGCUUUCUACUCAGCCAUAUUGGAGAAACUGGAGGAGCGUUUCUCUCUUCGCACUCUCUAUUUUUUCGCCUACUUGGCGUUCGGUUUGGGCACAGGCCUUGCCACACUGUCCACCAACCUCUAUGUGGUACUGUCUCUCUGUGUCACCUAUGGGGUGCUCUUCUCCUCUCUAUGCACGCUGCCUUACUCUCUGCUGUGUGAAUACUACCAGAGUCCUCAGUUUUGUGGCUCAUUGGAGGAAGGGACCAAACGAGGGAUGGGGGUGGACAUCUCUCUGCUCAGUUGCCAGUAUUUCCUGGCUCAGAUCCUGGUCUCGGUGGCGAUGGGACCUCUGACCUCACUGGUGGGUGGGGCCCAGGGAGUGAUGUACUUUGCAAGCCUGAUGUCAUUCGUGGGCUGCCUGUACUCUUCUCUCUGCGUGGUGUACCAGCUGCCCCCCCCUGAGGGUGAGCCCCCCGAAAGCGAGACUCAGCCACUGUUGGUGCACAUUUAGAAAAGUCUCUUAAUUUACUUUACCUCACAUGCACACACACACACACACUCAACGGCACACGCUCUCACGCUGUCGCUUAGUGUCUGAGUGUGUUGACCUUCACAGCACUGAUAGGACAAAUGCACUGUACAUCCUGCCGCACACUGUACAGCACAACUCCAUAUAUCGUUUCACACUAAUCAGCACUACUGUUCUCAGAGCUAGACAGACAGACAGACAUACAUUGGCCACUGCUCUAAUACGUGUAUACAUGACCAGUGUGUUCAUACAGUGUGUGUGCCCAUGCAUUUUUUUUCCUAACCUUUGCAAAUGAAUGUGACCUUUUUGAAUGCAGUGUGGGACAAAUGGGUUUGUGUGUGUGUGUGUGUGUGUGUGUGUGUGUGUGUGUGUGUGUGUGUGUGUGUGUGUGAGUGUGAGUGAGUGACCUCUUUAAGUAUAGAUAAGCUGUUCUUGUGUCUGAUUCUUUGCUGUAAAAUCUUGCAUCAUCUUUUCUUGCUUGUUGGUGUUUAGUAUAGAAAUGUUGAUCACCACAUACAGGCUAACCACAGCUUUCCCCUCUUUUUCUUCCUUUUAUCAGUUGCCUAAUGUCUGCAUGAGCUGCAAUGUAACCUCUUAAAGCCUUGUGUUAAUGUUUUGUUGUGGUCAUAUGGCCAAGGGAAUGUCUACCUGCCUGUUUCUCUGAGUUAGCAUAUUAGCAUCACACUUUGAGCAGGAUUUUCUGACUAAAUGAAUGUGCUGCCAGUGACCACUCACACUCACUGUUAACGCUUCUUCAUUAAUUCAAGAGUUCUUUUGACAUAAUUUAGCAAACACAUACUUAAUAUUCACGUGAAGCUGAACAGUGCUUAAUCACAGUUACAGACUGGAAGGGCUUCACAUUUUAACAGUAAGUAAAAAAAAAAACACUUUCCACACAGUCCAGUCAUAAUAUGACUUAACCAGUGUGCUAUCCCCAAAUUUCACAGUUUAGUGCUGGGUGACUCUUGGUCAAGCCCAGAGUAUGAGUACAAUGCCAAUUAAUUAUUUAAUCAGAGCCAUGACUAAUAGGGUGACACACAUAAACACGCUUAUACACAAACUUUCAAAAACACAGAGAAAUGUGUACUGGUGGCAAAUUCUGUCCGGGCCCUCACUAAGCCAUGGGCAGCCCUGUGAGCUGUCACGCUACUCCUGGCCAUACCAUUGUAAUAAUGACAGUGAUUCUUGUCAUUAUCAGGAAGAGGAGAAGUUGAAACUGGGGUGUGAAUCAGCAUUCAGUCGGAAACCGAACAAAAGAGAAGAACAGCAAACAGAGAGAAGACUCAUGUGAACUAUGGGUCACCCCGAAGGUGGACAACAGUGAGACAAAAGACUGUGGGGGUCCAUAGAGCCAGCAGCAAGUACUUAUUGGCAUCAUUAGGGCGCAUGCUUAAGGUAGUAGGCUUCUGCUCCACCACGCUAUGCCCAUCAACUCAGUAUAGUGAUGAUCUUACAUUUGUUGGCCAAGUUCACCACAGGAAUUAUCAGACUUUAUUCCUUUUCCAUCCUAAAGCAGCCAUCUUCAUGGUACAUUUAUUUUUUACAUCUGUUGUGCCAUGGCCUACGAUAUGCUUUGUCUGUUCAGCCUCAACACAGGUACCAAGUCUGACUUCAGGGCUUUAACAUAAGGUAAACUUUAGUAUGUAUUCCGUUUUAAACUUUUCAUUGUGAUGGUUUCAUUGACUGGCUCACACAUUGAGCACCCCGACAUUAUUGCUGCCUCAGCAGUGUCAAUAAUUGCCUACUAUUAAAGCCUCCUGGACUGACUGGAUGCACACCAUGCUAAUGUUUCUGAGGAAACUAAUUGUAUGGCUCAUGCUGUUGCAGCUUGCUUGAGAAAAAAAAAAAACACCACAUUUGAGCUUUUGUGUUAUAUGGUACCACCUAUUGCUCAAUAUUAGCAGUGUUACUGUAAAAGCUACUUUUAUUCAGGGUUCAGUUAAAACUAAAAUGAUGAUUUUGCCAUUUCUGACUCCUGUGUCAAUUAUUGUUUGGAUUUUAUCUCUGAUCAUUGUAACCCAUACCAGUUGUCACCCAGAUAACUUGAGGAAUAAUGUUCUGCAAUCCUUACCUACACCACAUGGGGGAGCCAAGAGACAAAACCACUAUCCAUUGAGUCUGUGCACUUUUCCAUUACCAAGUGAGUGAGAUUAUUCCUGUUCCUUCUUGCAUCUUAGCCAGCCAUUUUCCAUGUUAAGAAAAAAUUGGGUCAAGUGACAUCAUCUACUUAUAAAUACAUGGUUUUAAAAGGCAAUGAUUUUCUACAAACAGGUAACAUGCUCACAAAAUAAAUAAACUUAAGUAAAAAGACAAUUUAUUUGUUAAUCAGAAUAUACAAAGCAGUGGCUGAAGUAACCGAAUGUCAUUCUGGUUCUGAAAAAGGCAGUCUUGGACACAAAACUGGGCUACCCAGCCAUAACAUAAAACUCAUUGAAAACGUAAGAAAAACAAAGUAUAAAUGGUACAAACUUGCGUGGAAUGCAUACAGAACAAAUGACCAAAGCUUUAAGAUUUAAGAGGGGUUAAUUUACAUUGCAAAAUCCUGCCUCCAUAGAACAAGGUCAAGCAGUCUUAUCAUGGAGGCACAAGACAGAGCCCCUUUAUUCAUUUGCACCAUCUGUCAUGUUAACAGGGCAGCCAAGCCAAGGAUUAACUAGCAGCUCAACACAAAAAAUUAUGCCUCAACUAAUAAUGCUAACAACUGUCCAUUAGCCCCUGCUUAAAACUUAUCUUUGGUCCUUUAAGUGAAUCUGAGAGGUCAACAUGAGCCUUGGAGGAGGUGAGCAGCUGCCUGUGUGUAUGAAUCAUCUGGUCAGCACUGCCAUAAUAGAGAUUGUGCUUCUAACAUACUGAUAUAAAAUCAAAAAAUUAAAGAACUGAUCUCAUGGUGUGGCCCAAUUUGUACAAGUAGAAAAAAGCUCAUUUUAAAGACCAAUAAAUAACAUUUCAUAAAAAAAA